AUGGGUAUAUGGGGAUUUAUCCUGGGCUUUAUUCCAGACACCCUGAGGCUGAGGCCGAAGGGUGUAUGGAAUACAACCUGGGGUCCUAAGGUUAGCAAACCUGUUACAACUACAAGACCAUCCACUAGUCUGAGGCCCGGUGAAAACACUACUCGGAAGCCCGUUACAACCACUAGUCUUCGACCUGUUGACUCGCUCCGUGAUAGGGAGGUCCCCGUUACUUCCACUCGUCUGAGGCCUGUUGAAACCACUACUCGGAAGCCCGUGACCACCACUAGUCUGAGGCCUGUUGAAACCACUACUUGGAAGCCCAUUACUUCCACUAGUCUGAGGCCUGUUGAAACCACUACUCGGAAGCCCGUUAACACCACUAGUCUAAGGCUUGUUGAAACCACUACUCGGAAGCCCGUGACCACCACUAGUCUGAGGCCUGUUGAAACCACUACUCGGAAGCAGGUUAACACCACUAGUCUAAGGCCUGUUGAAACCACUACUCGAAAGCCCAUCACUUCCACUGGUCUGGGGCCUGUUAAAACCACUACUCGGAAGCCCAUCACUUCCACUAGUCUGAGGCCUGUUGAAACCACUACUCGAAAGCCCAUUACUUCCACUAGUCUGAAGCCUCUUGAAACCACUACUCGAAAGCCCGUUACCCCCACUAGUCUGAGGCCUCUUGAAACCACCACUCGGAAGCCCAUUACUUUCACUAGUCUGAGGCCUCUUGAAACCACUACUGAGAAGCGUGUUGUAACCACUACUCGGAAGUCUGUUGUAGCCACUACUCGGAAACCCAUUACAACCACUAGUCAGAAGUUCCUAACAAGAAAACCUACAAGGCUGGUAACUGAUGAAGAGGAUGAGGAUCUAGUUGAGGAUGGAUUAACUGUUCCUGAGGAGGAAAUGGAGUCCCUCUUUGAGGAGGAAACCAUCCACACUGAGUGGCCAUCUGAUGAAGGCAUUUGUCCCAUCCAAAACUGCCCUUAG